AUGGCUGGACGAAGGAGAAGCAGUUUCUCCGGCGUGUUCAUCACCGCUGCGCUGGCUGUGAUGCUGCUGCCUGAGGGAGAAAGUAUCCAGGAAAGGGCGACUGCUGCCGCUUUACACAGGAGGCUCAUCCGCAACCGCAGGAACAUCAGCUGGUACAAGCAGCACUCUGACUUCUGGGGCUGGUACAAGUUCUUCACUGACAAUGGAAACCAGGAGGCAGUUCAGGAGAUGGACCGCAUCUACCUGGCCUACCUCCAGAACAAGAACCGCGCUGAGGGACGUCGCUCAUACAAGGCCUACCUGCGCCACCUGGGGGAGAUCUACAAGUCCUGCGCUGACUCUGAUGACCCCAACUGUGUGGCCUCCUACACCAGCAGGCCCAAACCUAAACCCGAACCCCCCAAACCUGCACCAGUAAAAACCUGUGACCCCACCAAGGACCCUUACUGCCUGUAUGCUGCUUUGGUCCAGGGCAAGAGCCCCUACCUGCCUCUGGUGAUCCCAGCUGCCACCCCUGCCCCAGCACCAGUCAAAGCCCCAGCCCCUCUGUACGUCCGCUCUGCUGCCCCAGCAAAGGACCCACAGUCUGGAUAUUACUACUAUGCUCCAUCCGUAACACCUUUCCUUUCCAAGGAGCAGAAGGCUGAACUGCUGCGUAUCUGCUCUGCUGAUGACGUGGAGUGUCUGCAGUACCACCUGAGAGCUGCCCAUGGGCACACACCUGCCGCUGGGCCCCUGCCUUCCUACGCCCACCUUGGCUGUGAUCCCAAGAAAGACCCCAACUGCAAACCCAAACUGGUGCAGAAAACCCCCUCUGGUCUCUACCUGCAGUACCCGAACUGUGAUCCACUCAGGGAUCCCUUCUGCGCCUAUGCUGCCUCCCUUGCACCCCGUGCCCCUAACCCCCCUGCCCCUGCUGGCCCUGGAUCCUGCAACCCUCUUUUUGAAGAUGGCUGCAACCCUCUUACCGCCACCAGAUUUGCCACUCCCCCAGAGGCAUACAAAAACGAGGAGACAGAUGAGGCUGCUGCUAUUCGUGCUGCCCCUCCUGCUGAUGAGCAGAACAACGAUCCCUAUGCCAUGUUCAGGGAUGCUUAUGCAGCGGCUGCCAUGCAUCGCCGUGGUCCUCCCACCCUCCGGCAGCAGUACCCCUUUACCAACCCCACUUAUGAGGAGCCUGCCCGGGAGGAGCGCCACCCUCUGGGCCCCCCAGGUAAAACAAAGGAGGGCUAUGACUGCUUCAUUGGCUAUGACCGUGAAUGUUUUCCCGUGAAGCCCAACGAGCCUCGCACUGGAGUUCAUCGCCGCAUCCCCUACCCUGCCGAGGCCUACGAGCCCCACCUGAAUGCUGACGGCACACGAAACGGAGUCCUGGAGCCUCCCAACCCUCACUGUGACCCUGAGUAUGACAGUGACUGUCGCCUGCGUCGUUACGAGCCUGAGCAGGCCCACGUGGAGGCCCAGCCUGAACAUCAUGCCGGGGAGGACCACAACGAGGGGGCAGCAGAGAGCGAGCAGCAGCCAGAGCAGCAGGAGCAGGAGCAGUACGAGUCAGAGCCCUACCAGAGUGGCCAGGAGGAGCCUCACAUGUCCUACCAGCCACUCCUACAGGGAAUGCCCAGCCUGCAGGACAUACUGAGACGCUACGGAGACCAGUACCCUGAGCAGGAUGAUCACAGAGCUUAUGCAGACGACUAUCGCAAUAAAUAA